AAUUGACUUGGACAUGCAUCACCUCUACGCUACCGCUAAUUUCCUCUUCUCCCCUCCCUCUGUCAGGGAAGGAAUUUUCGAUAAAACUUUCUGUUUUCAGAUGGAUAUCACAUUGUACAAUUCAGAUGUUUGGUAUUUCCCAUUCAGGGUUUGUGUUGUGUACUUGGGGCGGUUCUUGUGCGAAUAUUUCUUUUUAUUGGGGCCUUUUUUUUUUCUCCCUCAACCUUUUCCAUAAAGUCUCCUUUUUAGUCUCCUUUUUUUUCCUUCUUUUUUCUCAUCUUCUGUUCUCUGUACGUGAUAUUUUCGGAAGUGGAUUACGAAGGUCCCGUACAGUCUUCCAUUGCCUGUUUUGCCUCUACCAGCUUCCUUUUCUUCGUUUGAUUUUACUUUUCACGGGUGUAUGGAUUUAAGAAUAUGGGUCAUAAUGUACCUGUCUGGAGAAACAAAAGAAAGAUAUGGCGAUUUCUCAAUAGCCAAUAUUGCAAAAUAUCGAAGAAUGGGCUAUUACAAUCCUAAUGAAACGAGCCCAGUGAGCCAAA